AUUACGCCUAAAAAAUUGAAUUCAAAUACAGUUCAAACGGACACGCCUCGUCAUAUUAGUGACAUGAUUCUCGUAAUAUGUGCUGCAAAAGGCGUGUCACUCUCGCUUGCCCUGAAAACACCCAAUGCUGGACGUACCCACUAUUUUUCGUUCCCCACUUAUUGGAAACCCUCACUAUCUCAAAUUUCUGUACAAAGAAGGCCGGUGCAUUACUAUGUUACGAAUAACGCUAGUGUUUCUGUUAGGAGCAACAGGUUUUCUGUUGUAGUUAAAACAAUUUCGCAGAAGAACAGGGAGCUUUAGAAAGGUGAAGGAGAAAUUUCCGUUCAGAAAAGCAUGUAAAUUUCGUGUCAAAGGACUUCCUAAUUCUCUCUUGGAGCAAGAAAUGGAGGCAUUUUGUCAUUUUCUUGGAUUGCUAGCUGCUAAAAGAAUUUUGCAGGCUUGGAUUGCUAGUCACGGGGAAGGUUCCAUGAGGUAGAAUAUCUUGGAGAGGUUCUGUGCACCAAGUGUAAAUUUUCUUUAUGUGAAAGUCAGCUGGUAAAAGAAUUUUGCAAGUUCAACUUAGCUGCAGUGCGCCACACAUGGACUGGUUGCACAAAAUCGCGUGGAUCCAACGUUGCUAGGGCGUGCUAUGCAUGGACGGUUGCACAAGCAAGAGCACACUGUGCAGUAGUGACUUUACAAGGAAACAAUGGGAAGGAGGAAGAAAUGUGCACGAUUUCCUGAACCUCCACCAGGCAAUGUUGGUUUGAAUCAAAUUAUUGACAGUUUAAAAGGCUCAUGUGAGAACAAAAAAUUUGCAAUACUUGACUCAAGACCUACAAAGAAAAUGAAAUCAAGUAAUGAAGAAUGGAGGUGUGCGAGUGUAGCACCAGAUAUAUCACGCCUUACAGCUAUUAAAGAUGAUAUGAGACAGCACUUGGAAAAAAUUGUAUUUAAGACCAGCAAGGAACAACAGGCAGCAUACUUUAUACCUCUGACAACACCACCCUCACCGGAUGCGUCAAAUCAUCUUUCUUUUGCCAAGAUCAAUGAGGAGAAAAACUCUUGUAGAAGAAAUCUAUUUUCAAGUGGCUUAAGUUCUUCGAGCAUUACUGGAGGCUCUAGUUUUUCAGAGGUUAUGAAAUCUGGUAUUGAACUUAAAGAAUGUCAGAACAUGCCUUAUCAAGAGGGAGAUAAUGUUUGUGAAGACCCUUCAGGUAGACAGAACACGAUUAAAAACCUGGACAUUAGAGAUGAACAGGAGUCAUUUGUCAAAGGCAUGCCUGAUUGUAUUUGUUGCAUGCCUCUGAAUGAAGAAAAACUCAAGUGUCGGGAAAGUAAAGGGCUUGAGGAUCUUACUAAGGACAUAGCUUAUAUGUGUUAUGAAUCGGAUGAUUGUCGAAUUAUUGAGCAAUAUCAACAAAAUAGUAUGGGGUAUUGUGGAGAGUCAAAUAUAAGAAUUGAUGGAAUCUGGGAAAAACAGAAGUUGGGCCACCAGAUUAAAGAAGCAUUUGAAAAGGUUGUGGAGGAUUGUAAGAAGCUCAAGGAUUUCCAAAGUGCUCAGCAAUCACAGCAGCGUGAGGAAAUAGAAGCUAAAGCAGGUGGAAAAGAUGAGUUAAAUAUAUCUGGAUAUGCUACAAGAGGUUUGCAAGAUCCUUCAAAGGACAUCACGCACUGUGUACCACAGAACAUAGAGAAGAUUAAUAAACCUGAAAAGGUUGCAGAGGAAAAGGCAAUGGAGGUUGAUGUUGCUGAUUAUUCUGCAAGGGAAUUUGCAUGGGAGAGCGACAUGGAAGAUGAAAGCAAGGAAGAAGACAGUGAUGAGAUCUCAUUAAUGUGGAAACAAAUGUCCGUGUCUUUUAAAUGUUCUGAGAAUGCACUAAAUUCAGAAAUGGAUUCUAGUUAUGACAAGGAUGAUACUGAAGAGUGUGUUCAUAGCUUCAUUCUAGAAGAUGAUCUUGGUAAAGUUUGCACACUCUGUGGCUUUAUUGGGCAGAGUAUUGAAACAAUCUUCGACAUCCAAUGGCCAAAGGCUCGUAAAUGGACAAAACAUUCCAGGAAUGUACCUAAUAGAGACCUGGAUACUGUUCUGAGUAUUCAUAAUCAGACUUUUGACUCAAAUAAGUCAGAGCAGAAAAGCCCUGUAUUGAAGCUGGUUUUACAUCCCCAUCUUAGGAAGCACAUGAAGUUGCAUCAGGUUGAGGGAUUUGAUUUCCUACAGAAGAACCUUAUAACAGAAGAGCCUGGCGGCUGUGUUUUGGCACAUGCACCUGGUACAGGGAAAACGUUCCUUGUUAUUAGUUUUAUUCAGAGCUUUCUGACCAAGUACCCAGAUGAGAGACCAUUAAUUGUUGCACCCAAAAGUAUUUUGUGUUCUUGGAUGACUGAAUUUAAAAAAUGGCAAGUGGAGGAGAUCCCUGUGCACAACUUAUAUGAGAAUAUCACCAAGGCAGAAACAUUGAGAUGUAAGCAGCUUCAGACACUCCGAGAAUGGAAAGAGAAAAAAAGCAUUCUCCUUGUGAGUUAUUCACAGUUCUCUAGCAUAGUUUGUGAGAAUGCAGAAAAUGAAAUGACAGCAUGUUGUCAAAAAAUCCUUCUCGAGGGUCCAGGACUGCUGGUUUUAGAUGAGGGUCACUUCCCACGAAAUAAAGACACUAACAUACUAAAUGCACUAACCCAAAUACAUACCAGGAGACGAAUUUUAUUGUCUGGAACACUCUACCAAAACAAUAUCAAAGAGCUCUUUAAUCUUUUGGAGCUUAUAAGGCCUGACAUUCUACAACUGGACUCCUUUCAAGCAAUGUUUAGACGGUUGAUCACAAGUAUUCCUGCAACUGAGAUGUGUCAAAAGCUGCUCCACAAGAGACAUUCUCAAGAUCCACUGCGGAGAAUCUUCUGCGAGGUGCUUGAUUAUGCACUAACGAGAAGCUCUGAAGAGGUGAAAAUAUCUGCUUUGCAUGCUCUUCAAGAGUUGACUGCUCUAUUUGUACACUACUAUAAAGGAGACAUACUGGAGGAUUUGCCUGGACUGGUUGAUUAUACUGUCAAACUCGAAUUAAAUGAGAAACAAAAAGGAGCGCUUGAUAAACUACGAUUUGUGGUAAAUCGAAUGCGCAGAGAUGUCAUGUCUGGAGCAAUAUGCAUACAUCCUUCACUUUAUGGGGUUUAUGGGGAGAGCAUUGAAGGAUGGUUAGAAUCAGAUGGGAAAAACAUUGGAAGUAUGUGUACAAGUACUCGUGCAGAGGAUCCAAAUGAUGGAGUGAAAACCAAGUUUGUACUCGACUUACUGUCCCUCUGUGAAUUGACCAAGGAGAAACUCGUAGUUUUUAGUCAAUACCUUCCACCUUUGUCUCUGUUAGAAAAUAUGAUAGUGGCAGAAAAGAAAUGGACCAAAAGUCGAGAGAUUUUGAGAUUGGAUGGUGGUAAUCAUGCAGAAGUCAGGGGAAGUAUAAUUGAACAGUUUAACAAUAGUCCCGAUUCAAAGGUUCUGUUGGCCUCCAUCAAGGCAUGUGGAGAAGGCAUUUGCCUCACAGCUGCUAGUCGUGUUGUAAUAUUGGAUAUUCCUUGGAACCAUUCGAUAUCUAGACAGGCAAUUAGUAGAGCUUACAGAAUUGGUCAGAAAAAGAAGGUAUAUGCGUAUCGCCUGGUUGCUGUAAAAACACAGGAAGAGUUGAUUCAUCAAGUUUCCUUGAGAAAGGAACUUAUGUCAAAGAUGGUUUUUGAAGGAAACAAUCAAUCUGAAGAAUCAAUCUCUCUUCUGGCUGAGGUAAAUCAAGAUGACUGUGAAGAUAUGUUCUUCCAAAGUGGUAGUCCUUUAAGGCAGAACCUCCAUUCAUUGUACAAGCAAAUAUUGGUGUAAACAGUAAAGGAGAAUACACUGUACAGAUUUUCUACCCAAGUUUUUCUUAUACGCUUUAUGAGCAUUGACCUGGAGUAAAAGUAGACAAAGCUGUCAGUUUUCCUUUCCCACGUGUCCGGUUAAUUGUUUUCUGCCUGUCACUAAAUGUCUUCUCAGCAGUCAAACUUUCUUCGGCCGAGGGUUUUGUUUAUAUCCUGCUAAACUUGGGAAAGCUUUGAACUAAAAGCUGAACGGUUUUACUCGCUUGGCCUUUUCUCAGUUUGCUUUUGAAUAUCAUGUCUGUUUUUGGGUUUUUGAAAUAUGAACCUUGCUGUAUAUUUCACGUUUUUUAUCUAUCGAAACAAUGAUUUAUUAUCGGCCAUCUGAAUUAGUACUGGAUUCAAUUUUGUAUUUACAAUAACAUGUACACAUAUUUAGUCGUUGAUUCUAAUAUACACGUGAUUGUGUGCGUGGGGAUGUUUGGUUC